AUGUCUUCUUCAACCAUCCUCCAAUUGAACCAGCUUCCCACCGACGUCCUGUUGCAUAUCUUUGUGUACCUCGAGAUCGCUGAUGUCGUGCGUCUCAGGAAGACAUGCAAAGCCCUCGAGGCCGUAACUCGCGACCGUAGUGUCUGGCACGAAGCCUUAUCUACACGCUUUAUGCAUAGCGGCAUCCCCGUACCCGGCGUCCAACUUCGAGAUGACAUCUCCUCUCUUUCCGCCACGGAGCUCGAGCGAUUGGCAAUCCGAGCGAGCCGCUAUUGGGCCAACUGGACUUCCCCACAGCCUCAAUGCUAUACCCGCCUCGACAUCCGGCCGACACCAAGGCCUUGGUCCUCCUCCCCGAGCCACCGCACCCUGGCGAUCGAAUUCGUCACCAGGCGGAGCUGCCUCUACCUGCUCACCUUGACUCUCUGUACUGUCUCAUCUGGCCGUGAUAACCGCAGAUUUGCCUUUGAAUGCCGGGAUCUCCAACAAGGUCAAGCUCUCGGCCACGCGAACAGGAUCGCAGAGCUGCUCGUCUCCGGCUUGUUGAGUUAUUCGGUCGACCCUACGCCGAACAGCAAGCAUCUUCUCGCCGUAACCAGCCGCGACGCAGAUGGCACAUAUCUCACUACAACGUACACGAUAGACUUUACCACCCCGAACACGGAUCCAUGGUUUCGACGGACUAGCCAAUUCCUGAGCUAUCGCAGGAUACUCGGCUUCAUGGGCUCUCGUCUCGUUGUGACGGACGACGACAACAAAGUCCGUGUAAUCGACAUCGACGCCGGCGUUGUGGUCGUCACGCUCAACGUCCCACUGAUACACGCAGACCCGACUCUGCGCCUUCCCGAACAACAAUGCCUCGAAUACGAGGUCUUCGAUGAUUUUAUCAUCACAUUCUGCAAGCAAUGGAUAUACUUGUACCACGUACCCACUCUGUCCUCGUCGAUGUUCUCCGGCAGCACUCAGGAGGACGGUGUUGCGUCCAGUCCCACUCUCGAACCCAUCGCGCAGUACAAAUGGCGCUGGCGUAUCGACAGCAUCUCUAUCAACGCCCGCCGCCCGCGCCCCAGCGCCUCCUCCCCGCCGCCCCCGCCAGCGAUCGACCUUCUCGUCCGCUUCGACACCUGGUACCCCUGGCCAGUCAACAUCCUGCACCACUUCGUGCUCCCCCCGAGCGCGUCCUUCGCCCGCGCGGCGUUCGCCCCCGCCGCCCCUCCGACGUUCCCCUACCUCCCACCGGCCGCGGAUGGCCCGCUGAUGGCGCACGCGAUCCCAUCGCCCUUGCGCCUCUUCACGCCGUCGGACAUGGUGCUCGCGCCGCGCGGCACCGCGCUCUGGCUCGACGCGUCGACGGACGCGACGACGCCCUCGCAGGCGGGCGACCACGGGCAGCGCAUCGCGAGCCGGAUCCUCGCCCGAGCGUCCCCGUCGUCUUCGCUCCCCUCGAGCCUGACGGGGUUUCGCAGGACGGCCACGGAUGCGGGGGCGCCCGGGGCGCAGGACGACCAGGUGAGCCCGGGGACGGAGGUCGACCUUGCGCUGGUGCGGGUGAUGGCGCUGGAGGCGGAGAGCGGGGCGCUGGCGGAGGAUCAGGACGUGAGCGUGCUGCAUGUGCAGGAGACACACGAGCUGUGGAAUAGGAUCGCGGUGGACGAGGAGGAGGGGAUGGUUGCUGUGGGCCACGUGGAUGGCCGAGUAUCGGUGUUUGUGUAUGCACCACCUGAAUAG